CCCCAAGCUGUAGGAUGGUGAUUGGGCGAGUGGAACAUGGCGGAGAAAAGCCAGGCGAAGCGCUUACGGGAGGGAGAAGAUAGAAAAAUGGACUGGCGCAAAUGGAAGCAGGAAAAGAAGGAAGAGGUGAAGAAAUGGAAGGAGCUGAAGCUGUUGAGGAAACUGGAUAAGAAGAUGAUGCAGGAAGUGGCAGAGAAACAGAAAGAGGAGGCAAAGCCCAUUGAAGAUAAAGGGCGGAACUACACGGUCAGUGUUGCCCUUCCGGGCUCCAUUCUCAGCAACGCCCAGUCGGCAGAGUUGCGGACUUACCUUGCCGGGCAGAUUGCCAGGGCCUGCGUCAUCUUCUGCGUGGACGAGAUUGUGGUGUUUGAUGAGCAAGGGGAGGAUUCAAAGACGGUGGAAGGUGAAUUUGAAGGGAUCAAGAAGAGAGGUCAGGCCUGUGUGCAGUUGGCCCGGAUUCUGCAGUACCUGGAAUGUCCUCAAUAUCUUAGGAAGUCUUUUUUCCCCAAACACCAGGACCUCCAGUUUGCAGGGCUCUUAAACCCCUUAGACAGCCCCCACCACGUGCGGAUAGGUGAGGAAUCAGAGUAUCGGGAAGGAGUGGUUUUGUCACGGCCCACCAAGCCUGGCCGGGGAUCUUUUGUGAACUGUGGAAUGCAAAAGGAGGUACAGAUUGAUAAGCAACUGGAGGCAGGCCUUCGUGUUACAGUGCGUCUCAACCCACAGCAAAAUCCAGAGAGCAAAACACAGAAGGGGAUAGUCGUUUCAUCGCAUCAGCCCCGAACUGCUUCUGGGCUCUACUGGGGCUACAGUGUCCGCUUGGCAUCCUGUCUGAGUGCUGUUUUUGCUGAGUCUCCAUAUAAAGAAGGCUACGAUCUCUCCAUUGGAACCUCUGAGCGAGGCGCCUCUGUGGACCAGGCAACUCUGCCUCCUUUCAGACAUGCUCUGAUAGUUUUCGGAGGCUUGCAAGGCCUGGAGGCAAGCGUGGACAUGGACCUAAACCUGGAGGUCACAGAUCCAAGCACCUUGUUUGACUUUUAUUUGAACACCUGUCCGGGGCAGGGCAGCCGCACCAUCAGGACCGAGGAAGCAAUUCUCAUCUCUCUGUCGGCGCUGAGACCUCGGAUCGAAGAAGCAGCGAAGAAAGGCAGCAGCCUCUGAACAAAAGCAGAAACUCAAGCAUCCAACAUGGGCAGACCCUCAUCAAUCUUUACCUCUCCCAGCCAACUUAACAUCGAAAUGUGAAGCAGGACCAUCUUCUCUCUCUGGCAGGAGGUCAGGAAACUCACCUCCCUGCUGCCACUGGAUGACUGAGAGCGGAACAGGUUGGAGCAGGGGUCAGCAAACGUUUUCAGCAGGGGGCUGGUCCACCGUCCCUCAGACCUUGUGGGGGGCUGAACUAUGUUUUGGAGAAAAAAUGAAUGUAUUCCUAUGCACCACAAAUAACCCAGAGAUGCGUUUUAAAUAAAAGGACACAUUCUACUCAUGUAAAAACACACUGAUUCCCGGACCAUACGCAAGCCGGAUUUAGAAGGCAGUUGGGCCGGAUCUGGCCCCCAGGCCUUGGUUUGCCUACCCAUAGGUUGGAGAGCAACCAGACACAAACGGAAGGGGGAAGGGCUUUGAGACUGGCCUGUCUAGCUCAGCUGCCACUUCUCAGAAGGAGGCAUCUGCUUCGAACUUUUGGGAAACAGUGAAGACCUAAGUGUAGCAAUUGACUGGGGGAUGAUGCCCUCCAGCUCAAAUGCAAUCUGUUGCAACCACAUUCACGUUUAACUCAGGAGGAACAACUUUAUCCACAAAAUUAAGACUGCUGGGAAUCUGAUCUCUCCCCCAUCCCCCAGCAACCUACAGUUUAAGAAGAAACUUAUCAAGUGUAUGACCUAAUGUGAUAUUCCAGGCGUAUCUUGACAAUUAAACAGCCAAACUUUUAAAGGUGUAAACUAGUGGUUCCCAAAUGGGGAAUACUGCCCACUGGUGGGGGGCAGUGGGAUUACUUAGCAGAGUGAAAAGGAAUAUCAGAUGUUAAAUAGCUGGUAUCACUGCAUCAAGUUCAUCAAUUUUGUUGAAUUAAAUUAAAUAGUUUUAA